AUGGAUUUAAUAAAAUUAACUAUUCGUCAUAUUCAUGAUGAAAUAAAAGCUAUUGAAAAUACACGUUUACAACUCGAUAUUCGUCCAUUAACAACAGACGAUAGUUUAAUUUUUAUUGAAGAAUUUGAACCAAAUAAAUGUAAUUUAGUAAAUCUUACAACACCUUAUCGAAUUAUUAAUUGUUCAGGUGAAUGGGAACCUCUACUUGCUUGUAAUAAUCGAUAUUUAAUGAUAAAUCAACAUCCAAAGAAUGGGGGCGCUUAA